UCUAGACCCCAGUUUGAUCAUUUGCACCAGGUGCACAGUGUAUGAGGGACACGGUGGUCGUGUUCGAAAAAAGUGUUCAUUAAACUCUUCUGAAGGGAAAAGAACGUCCUUUUUUUCCAAAGGUGAUUUCUGACAGGUGAACUCUGUAAUUCGAUGGAUUAUAACAAGUCAGCGAGCGCUCCAAACUGGGAGGAUGAGAAGCCCUCAAUGGUGCAGAAGCCCCCUCCACCUUACCAUGAUAACCCGGGAGCCCCUCAGCCUGGCCCGGCUCACCCGUACCAGGGAUAUGGAUUCCCCCAGCAGCAUGGUGCAGUAUACAGUCAGCAGCCGCAAGUCGCAGGCCAGCAGUACCCGGGACAGCCCAUCCCUAUUGCCAUGCAGCCCACCGUGUACGUGACUCAAGCCCCUCUGGCAAACCCCGUCAACGACUACCUGGGCUACUCCAUCUUCACCAUGCUCUGCUGCUGCCUGCCAUUUGGAAUCGCUGCCCUCAUCUACUCCAUCUGGGCCCGUGAAGCCAACUUUGCUGGUAACCGAAUGUCUGCAGAGCGGAGCAGCAGAACCGCCAAGACACUGAACCAUGUGGCUCUAGGACUUGGGCUUGGGUCCUUAGUCCUUUCUGUCAUUUAUGUUAUUGUAAUUGUUAUGCGUUAACUUCCACCACUUGUGGCUAUAUUUCAUUUCUUCACUCUGCAUGCUUCUAUUACAUAAUUAGGAACAUUACUGGUUGAACAACAAGCCCCCCUGAAGUUGCAUUAUUAUUGUUUUGGAAUUGUAGAGUCCAAGGUGAGUAGGGACCUGGUCCUUCUCUGACAGUUUUAUUUUUGUAUCAAACAAAGUGGGACAAUCAGCCAGUCACAAAAUCAGCAGGAAAUUAGAAAAAGUGGAGCGACUAUGGUAGACACAGGAUCUGUACCUGCUCUGUGUUUAAACAUAACUGUUUGGCAGUGAUUUUAUUUCUUCUUCUUUUUUAAAACUAUGCUUAUAAAGCUUUUUUAUGAAUAAACAAUAUCUUUAAAAGUAAA